AUGGCUCUAGCCCCUGACCAGAGUCGUGAGAUGGCUCUAGUCCCUGACCCGAGUCGAGAGGGCUCUCCAGAAUGCUCACCAGAAUUAACUCCAAUAUGCUCUCCAGAGCUCAACAGAGAGCCCACUCACGUCACAGAGCUCAACAGAGAGCCCACUCACGUCACAGAGCUCAACAAGGCAUCCAACCCUCCUUCGUCUCCUUCACCUCCGCUGGUCCCAUCCAACCCUCCUUUGUCUCCUUCACCUCCGCUGGUCCCAUCCAACCCUCCUUUGUCUCCUUCGCCUCCGCUGGUCCCGUCCAGCUCUCCUUCGCCUCCUGAGGCUCCUUCAUCUCUGCUGGUCCCGUCCAGCCCUCCUUCGUCUCCUUCGUCUUCUUUGUCUCCACUGGUCCCAUCCAGCCCUCCUUUGUCUCCAGAUUCUCCUUCAUCUCCGCUGGUCCCGUCCAGCCCUCCUUCUUCUCCUUUGUCUCCGCUGGUCCCGUCCAGCCAUCCUUUGUCUCCUGUUCCCACAUCAAGCCCUGGGAGGGCUCCUGUUCCCACGUCCAGCCUAGAGAGGGCUGUUGUUCCCACGUCUGGCUCAGGGAGGUCCUCAGAUCUUGAGUUCGAGUCCAGUCUGCAACAUGUGCCAAUCCUGUUUGUCUUCCAUCUCCUGGCUUUCAGGUAUUCUGCUAUUUCUGUCCAGUAA